GCAGUGAGGCUCGCGCAUGCCCAGUAGUGCUGAGAUUAAGUCAGUGUCAGCGCUCCGCUUCUCUGUCCUGCGCUCGCUGCCGGUCCCUGUUGACACUUGACCCUUCAGUGCGCGCUGCCGGGGGUCCCGAGCGCUUGGUGUCAGCGCGGGGAGACCGCAGAGCUUCUCUUCCUGCAGGACCUGGCGGUUGGCAGUGACUGUCCCACUGCGUUGCUUCUGUGUCAGUCUGUGGGGGAUUGUUUGCUGUCACACACACGGCAGGCGUCGCAUAUAGAUGAAUACUGCCACAGCCUGAUAUUCUGUAACCCGGCGGCUGCUGGGCUCUAUGCGGCCGCAGGACCAUGAAUCUGCACCAGGUGCUGACAGGAGCCGUGAACCCUGGGGAUAACUGCUUCUCGGUGGGCAGCCUACAGGAUCAGCCUAUCACGGCCUAUGCAUCAGGGUGUGAUGUUGUGAUUUUAGGAAGUGAUUUUGAAAGAUUACAAGUAAUUCCCGGAGUUCAACAUGGAAACAUCUUGGUGGGAUGUGUUGACUGUUCCAUGCAGCAAGGCAGAAUUGCGGCUUCGUAUGACAAUGUGAUAUGUAUCUUUGAACCAGUAAACUUGUUGAAACAAAAGAAUUCUCAAACAGCUGGAGUUCGAGUCCAGUGGAAGAAGAGUGGUCAAAUUUUACUUGACUCUAUUGCUCAUAAUUUAACAUGGGACCCUACUGGUACUCGCCUCCUGACCGGCUCUAACACUCUUCAGCUUUGGUCGAACGCUACUUUAGAAAAAAUAGCCAAUGAUGACAGCCAAGAGAAAGCCGACGUUGACCUGACAAACUGGAAGUGCAUCUGGCAGUGCAAAACUGCCUUUUCUGUACAUUUAAUGAAAUUUUCCCCAGAUGGGGAAUUCUUUGCAACUGCUGGGAAGGACGACUGUCUGGUUAAAGUGUGGUAUAACACUGAAAGCUGGCAGUCUGCAGUUUCUUCCCCAGUUACAAGCCCAGAAAAACAUGGGCACGGAGAAGUUGACUUCUCUUUUGUCUACCUUGCCCACCCUCGAGCAGUCAAUGGAUUUUCUUGGCGGAAGACAAGUAAAUACAUGCCACGAGGCUUUGUAUGUAAUGUUCUCUUGACUUGCUGCAAAGACAACGUCUGCCGCAUCUGGGCAGAAACCGUGCUCCCCAAUGACAGUCUUUUGUUUGGCGAUGGAUUCAGCCAGAAGACUGAGCCAGAGAGCACCAAUAGUAACUUCAGAAGAAAUCCCUCCAGUAAAGAGCGUGUGCAAAGUGCAUUGGAGUUAAAUUUGCGUCACUUUCGGAGAGGCAGGAGGAGAUCGUUGGCACUAGUGGCACAUACUGGAUACCCGCCUCAUCAACAAGAUGCACAUGACGUCCAUCGAAAUACUCCAUUCCAUGGCAAUGCACUCUGCCAUUUUCAUAUUGCUGCCAGCAUCAACCCAGCCACAGACAUCCCUCUUCUUCCUUCUAUCACGUCAAUGAGCCUCAGUGAGACUGAAGAAAAAAGUGGGCCAUUUGUAGUCCACUGGCUAAACAAUAAGGAGUUGCAUUUUUCGCUGUCGAUGGAAGUUUUUUUGCAGCAACUUAGAAAAAGCUGUGAGCAGCAGUCAUCAGAACCUAGCACUGAGGACUCGAACCUUGCUGAAGGGAAUUCAGAUGAAGAAGCAGAUGAUUUGGGAACAGAUGAUCAAAAAAUGCCCAAUGGAAAAAAAGAAAUGAAUGGGGACAAGCUGGCCUUGAAUUCACCCUUUGUAGCUUUGCCCUCAUCUGUCAUAGAUCAUGAGAUCGAAAUACUGUUGUCAGAAUGGAACAAGAAUCCAGACAUGCUCUUCAGUAUCCAUCCUGUUGAUGGUUCUCUGCUUGUGUGGCAUGUGGACUGGCUGGAUGAAUAUCAGCCAGGCAUGUUUCGCCAAGUGCAAGUGUCCUUUUCUUGCAGAAUCCCUGUAGCAUUUCCCACUGGGGAUGCAAACUCUCUCUGCAGAAGUAUUGUAAUGUAUGCCAGUAAUAAAAAUGUGGACUUGGCUAUCCAGCAAGGCAAGCAGAAACCUUCUAGCAUGGCACAUUCCACAUCUAUGCUCAUUUCUGCCGGGCAAGGUAAAUCACCCCACAGCUUAAAGCUAAGCAUUUUCACUCCUAAUGUUUUGAUGAUCUCGAAGCAUGCGGAUGGGUCCCUGAACCAGUGGCAGGUCAGUUUUGCAGAAGAAUCUGCCUUUUCAACAGUUCUCAGCAUUUCACAUAAAUCCCGUUACUGUGGGCAUCGGUUUCAUCUUAACAAUCUAGCUUGCCAUUCAGUAUUGCCACUUCUGCUGACAACGUCUCAUCACAACUCACUUCGAGCUACAGAGGAAAUGGGUGAAAACAAGGCACAUGAUUCUUUAGAAGUGGAAGGAUGUGCCCCGAAUUACGAAAACAAACAAACUUUAUCUGAAAUAUCUCAAGACCCCAACGCAGUGUACAGUGAACUGAUUCUUUGGAGGGUGGACCCGGUGGGACCUCUGUCAUUCUCUGGUGGAGUAUCUGAAUUGGCUCGCAUCAACUCUCUUCAUGUUUCUGCAUUUUCCAAUGUGGCGUGGUUACCUACCCUCAUUCCCAGUCAUUGCUUAGGUACAUACUGCAAUUCGCCCAGUGCUUGUUUUGUUGCAAGUGACGGACAGAACCUAAGGCUGUAUCAGGCUGUGAUUGAUGCUAAAAAACUGUUGUGUGAGCUGUCCAAUCCAGAUAUUUCUAAAUAUGUUGGGGAAGUUUUUAACAUAAUUAGUCAACAAUCGACUGCUAGACCAGGAUGCAUCAUUGAACUGGAUGCCAUCACCAGCCUGCAUGGCCGAAAAAUACAACUGCUGCAUGUUUUCCAAGAACACUUCAUCUUGGGCAACCCUAAGAAAGAUGAAGACCCAGGAAGCGGCCACAUUCUCGCGUGUUCUGAAAACCCGCAGAAUGGAUUCUCCGAAAAAUUCUACUUGGUUGUAAUUGAGUGCACCAGAGAAAAGCGUUACAUGCUGCAUAUGUGGAAUUUGCACUUGAAAUCUGUUCCUGUGUCUGUGGAGGAAAAAUCUGGGUCAGACACUUCAGAGAAUGUUCAGUCUAAAGAUGACUCUUUUAGUUCUGCUUCUGGAGAAAAGGUCCAAUCUCCACUUACACAAAAAUACCAGACGUGCAAAGCAAACCUUCAGAGUACGAGCAAGAUGACUCUUUCAUCUGAAAUAGUUUACAGCCAAGAUCUGAAAUUGCCUGAUGGUGUGGAGGUGAUCAGUGUUAAACCAUCUGCAGGACAUUUGAGUUCUUCAUCAAUGUAUCCAGUAUGCCAUGCUCCCUACCUGCUUGCAACUUCUUGUUCUGAUGGAAAGGUACGAUUCUGGCGCUGCCGGGUGGAGUCCGAGCAGUCGUCUUCUCCAACUGAUCUAGAAACCCGUAUGCAAUAUGUAUGGGAAGAGUGGCCUCUGUUGAUUGAAGAAGGUCUUCAAAAUGGUUCUGUGAGUGUUCCAGGCAGACCCAUAGAAGUCAGCUGUGCUCACACCAACUGUCUGGCUGUUGCAUUUAAGCAAACACCAAAUAAGCCUGGAAAUUCUUCUCAAGAGUUUUCGAUGCAUGUGAGUAUUUUUGAAUGUGAGUCAACUGGUGGAUCAUGUUGGAUUUUGGAACAAACCAUUCAUUUUGAUGAACUGAGUGCAAUGCUGGAGCCUGGCCUUAGUAUUGACAACAAUCUUGUAGCAUACAGCAAGCAGGAUGUGUUUUUAUCUUCCAGCAAGUACCUUCAGCCAGAUAUGAAACCUUUAGUCCGCUUAGACUGGAUGUCAAGGGAAGACGGUUCACAUAUAUUAACUAUCGGCAUUGGUUCAAAACUGUUGAUGUAUGGUCAGGUGGCAAGAAAGGGACAAGAACAGUCCUGCAAAGAUGAUUUUGCUCUACACCUUUGGGAAACUGCCAAAAGCACAUCUCGGCCUCGAUUUGUCCUUUUACGAUGUGUGGAUCUUGUAUCUUCUGUGGAAGGAUCUCUUCCUUUACCUGUCUCUUUGUCUUGGGUGCGCGAUGGGAUAUUAGUUGUUGGCAUGGAUUGUGAAAUGCACGUCUACUCCCAGUGGCAGCCUUUUAAUAAACAAGACUCUGCAAACACAGACUCUUAUAAUGGAAGCACUCCAUCCAUUACAAACCUUCUAAAACAAAGUCAGUCAGUUGGAUCUGGCAUAUAUCCCCCAAAGAAGCCAAUGACCAGGUCGAUGACAAGUUUAGCACAAAAACUGAUGGGCAAGAGGACUGCGUUUGAUCUUCCAGUGGAAAUGGAAGAUUUGGGCCUCUUUGAGGCAGCUCAUUCUCUGUUCCCAACUUUACCUCAGUAUCACCCUUUGCAGCUCUUGGAGUUGAUGGAUUUGGGUAAAGUCCGUAGAGCAAAAGCAAUUCUUUCUCAUCUGGUAAAAUGUAUUGCAGGGGAAGUGGUUGCUAUUAAUGAUAAUGAGCACGGUCCGGAGCGUAGGCUACGGUCGCUUUCAAUCAGUGCUAGUGGAAGCACCGCUCGAGACCCUAAAACCUUUACCAAAUCAGAGAAUGCGGAUUAUACAGAAAUUGAUUCUGUCCCUCCCUUACCAUUGUAUGCCCUUCUUGCUGCCGAUGAAGAUUCUACUUUCACCUCCACAGUGGAGAAAUCCACUAAUGCUAAUAACUCCAACAAAUCCAACGAGAGCAAAGCAAAUGGUGAAAACUAUGAUGACCUUUUCCAAGUUCCUCCUCUGAGCACUGAUGAGCUUACUACUUUGGACUCUGACGAAGAAGAAGGCACAAAGCCCCAAGUGAUUGACCUGUCACAAUAUGGCCCCACUUACUUUGGUCCAGAACAUUCGCAGGUUCUGUCCAAACAUUUGCUCCAUUCUAGCCUGCCCGGCUUGACUCGUAUAGAGCAGAUGUCUCUGAUGGCCCUAGCAGAUACAAUUGCCACGACAAGUACAGAAAUUGGAGAAAGCAGAGAUCGGAGCCAAGGUGGGGAGACCCUUGAUGAAUGUGGACUGAAAUAUUUCCUGGCUGUUCGUCUUCACACGUUUCUUACCACUUCUCUUCCUCCAGCGUAUAGAGCACAGCUCUCUCACCAAGGCUUGUCUACUAGCCAUUUUGCUUGGGCCUUUCACUCUGUGGCAGAGGAAGAGCUGCUGGAAAUGCUUCCCGCAAUGCAGAAAGGAGAUCCCACGUGGUCCGAGCUCAGAGCUAUGGGGAUGGGCUGGUGGGUGAGAAACACGCACAGCCUCCGCAGAUGUAUUGAAAAGGUGGCGAAGGCAGCCUUCCAGAGAAAUAAUGAUCCGUUAGAUGCAGCUAUAUAUUAUCUCGCAAUGAAGAAGAAAGCUGUAAUAUGGGGUUUAUACAGGUCUCAGAAAGAGGCAAAAAUGACAAAGUUUUUUGGGAACAACUUUAAUGAAGAGCGGUGGAGAAAGGCGGCUCUGAAGAAUGCGUUCUCCCUGCUGGGCAAGCAGCGCUUUGAACAUUCGGCAGCGUUCUUCCUUUUGGCUGGCUCUUUAAAGGAUGCCGUGGAGGUUUGCCUAGAAAAAUUACAUGAUAUCCAGCUAGCCCUUGUGAUAUCAAGACUGUUUGAGUCUGAAUUUGAAAAAUCCACAACCUAUAAAUCCAUCCUGCAGAAGAGGGUGUUGGGAAUCGAAUCCCCUGGCAAAGACCCCAUCUUCUCAAGUGUACAUCCCGAUCCUUUUGUACGAAGCAUGGCUUAUUGGAUUUUGGGGGAUUAUAGCCGGGCGCUGGACACUUUACUAAAACAGCCUGUGAAGGAUGAGGAAGGUGAAUCGUGGAGUUUGUCCUCAAACUGCGAUCCAUCUGUUUUUAAUUUCUACAACUUUCUACGGACUCACCCCAUGUUGUUGAGACGCCAUUUUGGAUCCUCAGAGUCAUCCCCUACCAAGAUAUGUCUUACAGGAGAAAAUGGAUUGGCUGACAAAAUUAAUUUAGAAGAAAGAAGACUGUUUUUCACAACUGCCCAUGCUCAUUUGAAAGCUGGGUGCCCGGUGUUGGCCUUGGAAGUGUUAACAAAAAUGCCCAAGGUUGUAAAACGAUCAAAGCCUUUCCUUCGUUCAUCAAGUUUCACAGACACAAGUAAAGUAUCAACCCCUCUGUAUACCUUGCCAGAGGAAAAAGACUCAAGUUCAAUGGUUAACGGCUUAGGGUCCUCUGUUAUGUUAUCAGAUAAAGAAUCGCAUUCUGCUCUUUCGUUUGACUGGAGUCAGCCAUCCAUGACAAUUGAAGAUGAGGACCUUGUAUUAAAAUGGGACAGCGAUGGUGAAGAGGAGUCGGAGGAAUCUGGUCUUUCAAUGAAAGAACUUAAACCUUCUCAUGGAAAAGAGAGUUUGAAGCCUGAAGAAACUAGUACCAGUUACUCUGAUGCUUUGAGCAUUGAUGAAGAUGAUAUUCUUAGUCCUUCAGAGGAUGUUAUAGCUGCACAGUUGAAAUUCCGAGCUUGUCUGAAAAUCCUUACAGGGGAACUCCGAACAUUGUCCACGGGAUAUGAAGUUGAUGGUGGCAAACUGCGAUAUCAGCUCUACAGCUGGCUUGAAAGAUCAGUAAUUGCUCUUCAAAAGAUCUGCGAUUACAGUGUCAAUUUUGACGAGCCAAGCUCAGGAGGCGCGGUUGAAUAUUCUUAUGACGAAAGUUCUUAUGAUUCCAUUGACCAAAUCACUCCAAUGCAGCAAAAAGAGCUUUUCCAGAGGCGACAGUGGCUUCUUAAGUUUCAGUCCCUGCUUCGAAUGUUUUUAAGUUUUUGUGUUCUUCAUGGCUCUCAUGGUGGGGGUUUGGCUUCUGUAAGGAUGGAAUUAAUAUUGCUUCUGCAGGAAUCCCAACAGGAUAGCACAAUCCUUUCAAAUCCACAGACGGAGCAGACCUCAGUCCCACUUCUUUUUGCUUGCACGGCUAGUUCAAAAACAGUUGUGGCUUCCCCUUUACUGCACCUUAGCAACUUAACCCAUGAUAUCCUGCAUGCAAUUAUAGAUCUGGAUUCACCGCCUCAUCCUGACAAUCAUAAUAACAGGAUCUAUGUCAUGCACACUCUGGCUGCGUCACUAUCUGCUUGUAUAUACCAGUGCCUUUGUGGAGGGCAAGCUAACAGUUCUUCCUUGCAAACAAACCUGUUCACAGGCAUGGUGUACCAGAGCGUGUUGCUUAUCCAAAGACACCCUCUCAGAACUACCAGCUUAGAUGAAGCGGUGACUCCGAAUACCUCACCCACUCACUGGCCAGGUAUAAGUGCUUUACUUCGCUUGUUGAGUUCUGCUGGCGAAGAAGCCCAGCCCGGACUCACUGUGCUGUUGUGUGAAAUUCUCACCGCUGUGUACUUGAGCCUUUUCAUCCACGGCCUGGCUACCCACUCCAGCCAAGAGUUAUUCUGCACUGUUGCCCAUCCGUUGAGCGAUAAAAUGUGGUCUGCCGUUUUUGGAGGAGGGGCAAGGAUUCCUGGAAAGGGACCCGUUAAACCGGUAACAGUAUCUCCCCCAGUUGACGAAAGUGAGAAGUCCUCUAAACGCUUCAGACUUUCUACGAAGGUUCAGGCCAGAGAACAUCCGCCUGUGCUUGCCUCUCCUGUGGCAGAUCAGGGCUCAUCAAUCUUUCGAGAGAGAUUUAUCCCUCCGGAGCUCAGCAUCUGGGAUUAUUUCGUAACCAAGCCUUUUGUUCCACUUUCGCAAAACAUACUGGAGUAUGAUUCGGAAGAAAGUCAAGGGAGUGAUGAUGAGGAGGAAGACGAUGUCUCGUUGUCUGAUGUUCAGAUACAAGAACACUCCAAUCCUAACUCGUAUAGUUGGGCUUUGAUGCGUCUUGCUAUGGUCCAGUUUGUGCUUCAGAACCUCAAGAACUUCUAUCCACUGGCUGGACAUGAGCUGUCAGAGCUCCCAGUAGCAUCUCCUCUGUGCCAUGCUAUUCUCAAGACAUUGCAGAGAUGGGAGCAAGUGCUGCUAAGAAGACUUGAAAUUUAUGGUGGUCCACCCCCUGACUUCAUCACCAUACCUACCUCAGAAGAGGCUUUGUCUGCUGGCCCUGCUAUCUUACGACACAAAGCAUUGCUGGAGCCGACAAACACCCCUUUCAAAUCAAAGCAUUCGAGCACUUUACCAGUGAAGAGGCUUUGGCAAUAUCUGGUGAAACAAGAAGCCAUCCAAGAAACAUUUAUUAGAAACAUUUUCGCGAAGAAAAGAUCCCUCAAUGAGACUGAAGCAGACCAGGGACCUUCUGGAGGAAGAGCUAGAAUAAUCCACAAAGACUCUGACAUAAUUACAGCUUUUGCAGUAAAUAAAGCAAACAGAAACUGCAUAGCAAUUGCUUCCAGCCAUGAUAUUCAGGAGCUAGAUGUGUCUGCGAUCCUUGCUACUCAGAUUUUCUCCUGGAUUGAUGAUGAAUUUGAAACGGACAAUAAAGGUCCUGAUGAUUUCUUGGUGGUGCAUACACGCGAUGACGCAGUGCAGGGUUCAACCCCUUAUACACACAGCAAUCCGGGGACUCCGAUUAACAUGCCCUGGUUGGGAGGGAUACAGACUGGAAGAGGUGCCUCUGUUUUGAUAAAGAAGCCUACGAAUAAUGUCCGAAGAAUGGCCUCUCAUCCAACACUUCCUUACUACUUGACGGGUGCCCAGGAUGGCAGUGUGAGAAUGUUCGAGUGGGGUCAUUCCCAGCAGAUAACAUGUUUCCGGACAGCUGGAAAUUCGAGAGUAACUCGGAUAAGGUUUAACCACCAGGGAAACAAGUUUGGAAUUGUUGAUGCUGAUGGGACUAUCAGUCUGUAUCAGACAAACUGGAAAUACAGCUCUGCCGCAGGAAGCCCACCCAAACCUUACUUGACGUGGCAAUGCCAUAACAAGACUGCCAAUGACUUUGUCUUCGUCAGUUCUUCUUCCUUAAUAGCAACAGCUGGACUGUCGAAUGAUAAUCGAAAUGUUUGCCUAUGGGAUACAUUGGUAUCGCCAGGAAAUAGUUUAGUCCAUGCCUUCACAUGCCAUGAUAGUGGAGCAACUGUAAUUUCUUAUGCACCAAAAAAUCAGCUCUUAAUAUCCGGAGGAAGAAAGGGUUUCACGUGCCUAUUUGACCUACGCCAGCGGCAGCAAAGACAUGUUUUUCAGAGCCAUGAUUCUGCGGUGAAAGCCAUUGCUGUAGACACAACAGAGGAGUAUUUUGUCACUGGCUCUGCAGAGGGCAAUAUCAAGGUCUGGAGUCUGUCAACCUUCGGUUUGCUGCACACCUUUAUCAAUGAGCAUGCUCGCCAGUCCCUAUUCCGAAACAUUGGAACCGGGGUCAUGCAGAUAGAGACUGGCCCAGCCAAUCACAUCUUCUCGUGUGGAGCUGACGGCACGGUUAAAAUGAGAAUAUUACCAGAUCGCUUCAGUACCCUUAAUGACCUACUAAAAAAUGAAGUAAAAUUUGUGCUUUAAUUUUCUUUUCUCGGUCUUUCCUGUUUGCCGUUUUGUUUGUUUCUGCUUUUAUUGUUUAAGCCAACACACACCGAAGUGGUUUCAAGGAAGGAGAGUGGCCGGCAGGUGAAAUGUGCAAUGUUCCUUUACAGAUGUGCCAUGAAGAUGACAAUGCUUUUUUUUUCUGUACCUCUGCCCUGACGCACUGAUGCCUUACAAUAAUUAACAUGAUCGUUCAGUAACUAAAUAUGAUAAAGUAGGAAAAAUGUAAAAUAUGAUAUGUACACAUACCUUUUGCUGCUGAAGUUCCUUUUUUUUCUAGCAAAUUUUGUUUAUAAAAAUCUGCACACUUAGAAAAUAUGUUUAAAAGUAUGUGUAUAGCCUUGGAAAUGGGAUUUCGUUAUUGUGCAUAUAAAUAUAUAUCUAUAUAUAUAUAUAUAAAUUAAGAUAAAUUAUAUUUAUGGGAUAUUAAAGAAAGCUUGAGCAGGCUGUUAGGUAGAACUUUACCUAUUUAAAUUUUCUUUUUCUAAAAUUAGAACCUUUAUGAUGGUCAGAUCACUUUUUAGCACAUACAUGAUCUUUUCAAUGCACUUGGCUACUAGGGUUUAAGCAGCUCAGCACAAGGUGUUUUUCAUAUGUAUGCCAGCUUUAUAGUAAAGAAAAAAAAAUAUAUGCCCAGCUAAAUAUAUAUUUUUUGCCAAAUUCUGUAUGAGCAUUUUUUUUUUUUGACCAAAAUACUAAAAGAGCACAAAGAACCUACAUUUUUUUAAGAUAUUAAAUAUAUAUUUUCGUUAUCAACUAGAAUUAGGUUAACAGUUGUUACUCUAACUAAAUGGGAUGUUUAGCAAAACACAUUCUCUCUAAAGAUAUACAUUCUUAUAUACAUGAGUACAUCUGAAGGUACAUAGCGUGCUAUAGAAAGGAAGGCUAUAGAGGCUGACUUUUAUAACUUUCUCAGGAUUACUUAUUUUCCUUUUUUGUAGGUAGGUAAGAAGAAGACGAUGACUUUGUAAAAUAUAUUUCAUCGUUUCAUUAAUCGAUCUUUGCCGUUUAAUACAAAACUACACAUUUUCAGUAGAAUGCUCAUGAUCCCAUGCAAUAACUUAGCAGUUUAAUGCGAUGAAAUUACCUGUAACAGUGUAACAAAUGAAAAUCUGAUGAACUCUUCUGCAGAAAAACGAUAAUCAAAUAGCUGAUUACCUAAAGCUGGGAACAAUUGUAUGUUUUUUAAUUUGGAUUUCAAAAGUCAAGAAAUUGUGAUUUGUCAUGUAUUUACAUUGAGUAACAAUCUUUUAAAUAAAUAGGUAAUUUAAUGUUGAA